UAAAUUUGAAGUUGAAGUAACACCUAUAGUUUUACAAUAUAAUAUUCCAUUUUUGAUAACAAUCUAUCAAACAGAAUUACAAGAUUCUAUUAAUCAGCAUAAAAGUAUUACUAAUGUACAAUUCUAUAGUAAAAUUGCUAGUUUAGCUCAUAAGAUUAUUAUAAAAACUGUAAAAGAACGAGACCUUAAUAUAAUCAAUCUUUUUGAAAGUUACUUAAAAAAUGAUGAAUUAAAAAAUGAGUUGGAUAUAGAUGAUGAUGAAAAAAACAAAGAAAAUAACUUUUCUAACAUUAGCAAUUCUAAUAAAAAAAAUAGGUCUAAAGGUUGA